CUCAGCCCAGAUCGAUCGGCGUGAUGUUCCGUUUGACGGACCGGCCCGUUUAUUAUUCGCCAGAAGAAAGAAGAGAGGAGCCCCAGCAGCGGCGGCUCGUCAUCUCCUUGUCAGGGAUAAACCCGCUGACGGAACACGGGGUGUCCGAUGUUUACAUUUGAGAUGGCCAUUUGCCCCCGACAAGCAAACCGUGCGAUUACACCAUAUGCCUCAUCUUCAUCUCCUGAAAGAAGCUGCUCAUGGUGUCACGCUGUCUGUCCGCUUCCUUUAAGCCGAUGCGCGCAAUACGCUGCGCAUCCUGUUUCCCUGGCGCGCCUGUUACCAUGAUAACCUACAUCAGUUUGGCGCUAUAGAUUUUGGCCAACGUCGUUGCAAUAAGAAAGGCCUCGUCUGAAAUACACAUGGCAUGGUUAGUGAGGUGUAACCUUGCCAACAGUGGGUUGAGACUUCCCCCUGUCGAUGCCACAGCCUCUACCGCAAUGCUACGCGCCUUGUUAAAUUUCCGGGUUCGGCAGUAACGAAUGAUGAAGCUCUUUUCUUACCGGGAAGUAGCCACCUCUCCCCUUAAUGCAUCUCUUUCCCUCGAUCACAUCAGGUCGAUCUGUUUGAGGUUCAGGGAUGAUGCGUCUAGCAUGCUGCACUGCCCUGCUUUUUGUGUUGAGACUGCUGGUGGGCUUGCCCUGGUACCAGGUUCUUCCAGCCAUCCUGAUCUUCUAUCUGGGAAGCGGAGGAUGGAACUUCUUGGAUAUCUUUGCCAAAACUGUUGGCAGAGACUUACAUGCAGCCAGUGUUUUACUGCGGGUGAAACUGAAUGUCAGGCGCCACCUCAGAGAGAAGAACACUAUUCCCAAGAUCUUCGCUGAAACAGUGCACCGUCAUGGGGACAAAACAGCGCUCAUCUUCGAGGGCACUGGGGAGAGAUGGACUUUCCGACAGUUGGAUGAAUACUCCAACAGAGUCGCUAACCUGCUACUGGAAAGAGGUUUUAAGGAAGGUGAUGUGGUGGCCCUUUUCAUGGAGAACAGAUCGCAGUACGUGGGUAUCUGGUUGGGCAUGGCUAAAAUUGGAGUAGAAGCGGCUCUCAUCAACUUCAAUUUAAGACUAGACGCUUUGGUCCACUGUGUCACCAUCUCCAAUGCCAAGGCUGUGAUCUUUGGUUCAGAGCUAACUGAUGCUGUGUCUGAGGUCCAUAGUUCAAUGGGGAAGGCAGUGCAGAUGUUUUGCUCUGGAGACUGGGAUCCCAAACGAGUCCCACAGGGAACAGAGUGCCUCGAGCCCCUGGUGGCCGGUGCCCCUUCUCAUCUACCCCCUCGGCCAGAUCGCAGCUUCAUAGAUCGCCUGUUCUACAUCUACACAUCAGGAACCACUGGGAUGCCUAAAGCAGCUAUUGUUGUGCACAGCAGGUACUAUCGCAUGGCAGCUUUGGUGUAUUAUGGCUUUAGGAUGACAUCAGACGAUGUAUUGUAUGAUUGCCUUCCACUUUACCACUCUGCAGGAAACAUUGUGGGAGUUGGCCAGUGCCUAAUACACGGCAUGACUGUAGUCAUCAGAAAGAAGUUCUCUGCCUCACGGUUCUGGGAUGACUGUGUCAAAUAUAACUGCACGAUUGUACAGUACAUUGGAGAAAUCUGCCGGUAUCUACUGAACCAGCCAGUUCGUGACACAGAGCGACAGCACCGUGUGCGCAUGGCACUGGGCAACGGCCUGCGUCAGUCCAUAUGGGAGGAAUUCAUGAACCGCUUCAACAUUCCACAGAUUGCAGAGUUUUAUGGUGCCACGGAGUGCAAUUGCAGUCUGGGCAACUUUGAUAACAAGAUGGGAGCGUGCGGCUUCAACAGUCAGAUUCUACCCUUCAUCUACCCCAUCAGACUGGUGAGGGUUGAUGAAGAGACCAUGGAGCUAAUUAGGGGACCUGAUGGUGUCUGUAUUCCUUGUAAACCUGGUGAGCCUGGACAGCUUGUUGGCAGAAUCAUUCAGAAUGACCCUCUACGUAGGUUUGACGGCUACGUCAGCCAAACAGCAACCAACAAGAAGAUUGCUCAUAGUGUAUUUAAGAAGGGAGAUAGUGCCUAUCUGUCAGGUGAUGUGCUGAUCAUGGAUAAGUAUGGCCACAUGUACUUCAAAGACCGGACAGGAGACACUUUCCGCUGGAAAGGAGAGAAUGUCUCAACAACCGAGGUGGAAGGAACUCUAAGCAGACUCCUAGAUAUGAAGGAUGUCGUUGUGUAUGGAGUGGAAGUACCAGGAGCGGAGGGAAAGGCUGGAAUGGCAGCCAUUGCCGAUCCGUCUCACUCCACUAACCUGGAGAAGUUUGUGAAAGACAUGGAGAAGGCUCUCCCUCCAUAUGCCAGACCUGUCUUCCUCCGCUUCCUCCCAGAGGUCAACAAGACAGGUACUUUUAAGUUUCAGAAGACGGAGUUGCGUCGGGACAGCUUUGAUCCCAGCGCAGUGUCAGACAGACUGUACUUCCUGGAUUCCAGCAAAGGGCGCUACGUGCAGCUGGACGAGGAGCUGUACCGCUCCAUUCUGUCAGGGAAAUGCAAAUUGUGAUGACCAGGCUGACCACUACAUCAACACACACACAUACUUGCGCACACAUACACACACACUUUCACACACAAAUACAGAAGACAGUAUGUGUGACCAGAUUAGAAGAUUUUGUCCCCUUAGUCACAAAAGUAAUACAUUACAAUAAAGAAGAGAAUAGCCAUAUACAGGCCAACACACACACGUAUUACCAAAACCACUUUGCUCUUUAACAUCCUUAAUAACAGACUGAUGCACGUCACGCUCAAAAACACACAGUCCACUCUGCCCGUCGCUCCUGAAUACUCCUAAGCAACUUCUCUCGCUACCUCAGCAAACAAAGAGAGAGGCACAAACCUAGAAAGCAGGUCUGCUUGGUGACUUGAAGCCACCCUUCAUGACCACGCACUCCCUUGCCCCACCAACAGAUCUCAUACACUCCCACCUGUCAACGCUGGUCCAUUAAACCACAGGUUAUUGCUGGCAUGAAGGAGGAACAAGAGGAGAGGAAUAGGCUGCCUAGCAUCCAGGAUGCAAAAACUUGACACUCCAGAUAAACACAGACUUAAAGGAUGCUGAUGAAGAACAUGGAUUAAGUACAUUAAAUGUGUGAGAUAACAGAGGGACCUACUUGGACCUAAACUAUCUCUCUGUUCAUUGUUCUGUUAGUGAGAUUGUUUUGUGACAGAUUGAAGCUACUGCUGUCGACUUAACCUGCACAAUUAGCCAGUAGUGACAAACCUGUGGGAUAGCUACAUACAUCCUCUGUUUCAGGUCAAAUGUAUCAAAGUAUUUCCUUUAACUCUCAGCUCUUUGUCUUUUCUUUUCCAUUCCUGUUGUAUUACAGUAAAUCCAAAGGCUUUCUUUCUUUCUUUGCUUUUUAAAGACCAACAUAUUUGACCUGUAACAGAAGUAAAAACAAAGUCCAGUGGCUGAAGGUGUAAAUAGGGCUCUAGCAAUUGCAGUACAACAAUUAUCCACAUCGGAAAUGAAGAAAAACAAAGCUUUUUAUUUAAAUGUCUGAGAUACACCAAAUAUAUUUAAGUUGUAGUUUCUACAUAUUUAAGAAAAUACAGACAUUAAUUUAUUUUGGUAAAGUCUUUCUGUUGUCUUUUUUCUGCUUUGUGUGUAUCCAAAUCUGUGCUUCAAUGGCUUGGGGAGUCCUCCUUAUAUCAGCUGCUAAAACACAAAGUCAUGUGAUCAGACUGAUUCAACCCUGGACUAAAUACAUGGAGCUAUUUCCAUAAACAGGACUUGUUCACAUACUGAGCAUGAGUCCAGUAUUGCUGUGUGGCUGUUUUGUGCAGGUUUUGUCCUGAAAGGUAGACUUUGCCUAUCUUAGGGUGUGUAUAUUCUUUUAAAUUAUAUAAAUUUGAGUGAAGUGGCAAAAGCACCUGAUCAGCGAGGAGUUCAUCUGGUGCUAAAAGGGAUGUUCUGCCAGUUUAGGGAACGCUGAACAAUCCAAAGAUUCAAAGGCGGAAGCAGGAACAUUUAAACUGGAAGGAGUGCAUCAACAUGGAGCAGUAGAAGAAGAGAAGACAACAUGCUUUGUCAUCAAUGUAAUUGUCUGUUUGCAGUAGAUGUUCUCAGAGGUUGUAGCAGCAUGAAUGAGCAUCAUCAACCACAAGCAGAGCACUGUGCCUUACUGUGAGUUCACCUCCCAGGUUCACAGGCCCUGGCCCACACGCUUCCUUUUGUUGGACUUCAUCUUUCACUCUCUGUUGGCGUCCGUCUUCCAUGAUCUAAUUUUGUGUCUCCGAAUUACCCGACGUACUAGUCAUGCAAAUCUGGCGCGGAUCACAGGAGCUCCGAAUAUUUUCCUGAAAAUUGUCUGAUAACUAUUCACGGCAGCCACUGGACUGGCAUCUUUAUCCUGCCAGGUGCAGGAAGGGUUUGUUUUUGUCACUGGGCAGGAGUCCAAUUUCCCAAGGCUGCUGUGAUAGCAAUUCCAAUGACCAGACUAUACUUUUUGUUUUUAAACUCUUCUGUUCUUUUAGUCCUAACUGUAACUUUAACUUGUCUUCUAACAGUUUUAUUUGCUUUGUAUUUCUUUCUUGGGUUGUCGUAUAGUAUGUUACCCGAGUUUCUGUUUGCUCAGCACUUUUAUUUUAAGCCUUUAUUGUACUUUCUGCCAACCGGCCCAUUCCUUUCCCUUCAUCUCUUCCCCGUUCUCCUCUUCCUCCAAUCCCAUCAGUUUCUCUCUGGUACUGCCACUCAUUUCCUGCUUUGUCUUAUUACUGAUUCAGACAUUUGUUCAAAACAGAAAAAGUAACUGAAUACAUCUCACAUAUUUCCUAAGUUCCUAAUUGCAACUUAAUGGUUUUAUUUAGUUGACUUUUAAGAUGGUUCAGGAGGUCUCAUAACAUGUUCCAAACAAAUGCUCAAAACCUUUUUCAAAUAUCGUUUACCAAAGUGUGUUGUUUGUAGUCUGCCAUUACCCUGUUUGUGUGUGUGUAUGUUUUUGUUUUUCUUCUUACAUUGCAACUGAUCACAUCCUAAGUUGCCUACAAUACAGCAAGUUAUCUUUUUUUUCAGCAGUUUGAUUAUGUUUAAACAUCUUUUCUUGGUUUAUACAUUGCACUGACUGACGCAGUUGACUUUGAUGGCUGCAGUCUGCUGACAGUGACUGUCAAAGUUGCUGUCAAGUGUGAUUUCCCUGUUUUGGGGGAAUAAAACAACAAAAACGAAGCGGUUCGACAGAGAUUUGUUGCUGCUUCCUCCGUCUCUCUCGUUAACUUGUAUUUAUUCUUUAAUGAUGAGUGUGAAAUGUUCUCAUGAAUGUCUGAAAAAGAAAGUAAGUGAGUGGUGAUGGUGAUCAUGUUCAGUAAAGUCUGAUUUGUAUAUCCAAAGGGAACUCGGUUUGGCUGUUAUGAUGCUUCUACCUGAGGGGUUGCAUUCGUCGACCCUGACCACCAGGGGGCGUGUGAUUAAACAGUCCCACAAAGAGCACUCUGAAGAGGAUGUUUCCAUUAUUCUUAAUGAGUUAAAUUAUUAUUUUUGAAGAACUGUUAAUUGAAGUUUGAUUGUUUUACUGCUACAUCUGUUUGCUUUUGUGUUGUUUGUGUGAAAUCAUAGCUUUUUUUUGUGGUUUUGGUAUAAAAAAGAGGAUUCAUGCAUUUUGAAAGACAAUCGAAUGGCUUUUUGUUUUUUCUCUUAGCAGGAUCUGCGUUUUUGUUUUGUUUGUUUCUUUUUCUUUCAGGGAAACACUGAUUUUAUGUGUCUACUCAGAGCUCUUUUUUUGUGAUGUCUGAGUGAAUAAAUAUUGAGUCAGAAACUACACUAUACAAACUAGGCAUGGUCAUGAUCACGCAUGAUAAUAAUUUGUUUAAGAAGUUUAAAACUGAUUCAAAUCUUUCAUUUAGCAUGUCAUUAAAAUGACUCUGAGGAACCAAGUUCCCAUACCAUCUGAAUACAUUUACAUUAUCGUUGUACGGUUUGGAUUUAACACGAGUCCCUAACACACUCACACAUGGAGAUUGGUGUGACCAUUCAGCUUCUCUCAUACUAAGAAAUCAACUGAAAACUUCUAAAAUGGUCAAAUUUAGUGAGGAAAGCCUCAAAGGCUUCAAGCUGUCACCAGUCUUCCCUGCUCAUAAUGAGAUCGGUCAAUGUAUGUCACUUAAAAUACAAGUGACGAGUCACCUCUUAAGGCACAGUGAAGUUUAACUGAGUGGUGAUCACGCAGCCUGGCUGUUUUAUGUAUAACACAUCUUUUUGUGUUGCACAUUUGUUGCACUUUUCUUUGUUCCUCCCUGUCGUGGUUCAAACAUGUCUGCCUACAUGUGUGGAAAAGGAUUUGGGGUUUUUUUUGUUUUGUUUUUGUAAUUCGUUAUAUACAAUUUUAUGGUCUGACUCCAUAGACAGCAGCUCUGAGCAGAGUGCGUAGAGGUCUGUGAGGUGUGCUGUAUGUGUGACACACUGAUGUCCCCUUGUCCACUGAAGGCUCAUUGUAUACAUCAUGCAUCUCAAGAAAAUGAGAUAAAAGCAGAGCUGAAAAUGGAAAAAUCAUCAUUAUUAAUAAAAAACAUUUAAACUCUUCACUUGGA